UCUCAAGAGCUUCAACACAUUCUUCACUGGAUAAACUGAGAAUAAGUCGAGGUAGUAUGUCGGGAUCGAAAGGGAAGAAGAAGGGUGUUACCUUCACUAUCGAUUGUUCGAAGCCGGUGGAGGAUAAAAUCAUGGACAUUGCCUCACUGGAGAAGUUUCUUCAAGAGAGAAUCAAGGUUGGAGGCAAGGCUGGUGCACUUGGUGAAACCGUAACAAUCACCCGAGAGCAGAGCAAAAUCACCGUCACUUCAGACGGCGAGUUCUCUAAGAGGUAUCUGAAGUACUUAACCAAGAAAUACUUGAAGAAACACAACGUACGGGACUGGCUCCGAGUGAUUGCAUCCAACAAAGACCGAACCGAUUACGAAUUAAGGUACUUCAACAUUGCAGAGAACGAGGGGGAGGAAGAAGAUUAAUAUCCGGGGGAACGACCGGUCGUAAUGGUUGUUGCUUUGCCACUUUUUCUUUUUCCAGAAUUUGAUUGUUUGAGGAUUUGAACAUUCAGGUGUACAAAAUCAUUUUUUUAUUUAUUGAACACGAGAUUUUGCAA